AUGGCUUCAAAGAAUGGAAAUGGAAAGAAACAGCCGCCCUCAGCGGCUGUCAACCUCAUUGCUGGUGGUGGUGCUGGUAUGAUGGAAGCUCUCGCAUGUCAUCCCCUCGUCCGCAUGCAGCUCUCAAGGCGCGGGCGCCAACCAGGUUCCCCCAAGCGCGGCUUCAUCAAGACCGGCGCCGCCAUCAUCGCAAAGGAGACACCCCUCGGUCUCUACAAGGGUCUCGGCGCCGUCCUCACAGGCAUCGUGCCCAAGAUGGCCAUCCGCUUCACCUCCUUUGAGUGGUACAAGCAGAUCCUCGCUGAUCCCACAACCGGCGUCGUCUCUGGAAAGGCCACCUUCAUCGCCGGUCUCUCAGCCGGUGUCACAGAAGCCGUCGCUGUCGUGACGCCCAUGGAGGUCAUCAAGAUUCGUCUCCAGGCGCAGCACCACUCCAUGGCGGAUCCCCUCGACGUCCCCAAGUAUCGCAAUGCUGCGCAUGCGCUGUACACUGUUGUUAAGGAGGAGGGCUUCGGUGCGCUGUACCGCGGUGUGAGCUUGACGGCGUUGAGGCAGGGUUCUAACCAGGCUGUCAACUUUACUGCGUACAGCUACUUUAAGGAUUGGCUGAAGAAGUGGCAGCCUCAGUAUGAGAACACAAACCUGCCCAACUGGCAGACUACUCUUAUCGGUCUUGUUUCUGGUGCUAUGGGUCCUAUGAGCAAUGCUCCUAUCGAUACUAUCAAGACUCGUCUGCAAAAGGCUACUGCUGAGCCUGGAGUCAGCGCAUGGACAAGAAUUACUCGAAUUGCCGGAGAUAUGUUCAAGCAAGAAGGAGUUCACGCUUUCUACAAGGGUAUCACCCCUCGAAUCAUGCGUGUCGCUCCCGGUCAGGCCGUCACCUUUACCGUCUACGAGUUCCUCAAGGAUAAGCUAGAAAAGAGCAACAUUUCCCUAGUCGGAGGCAAGUACGAGGAAUAA